AUGAGUGAAUUCAGCCCGGCGAUAAUCUAUCGUACACUCGGUGAGGCUUUGAGGAGUGCUCCAAUCAUCGAAAGUAUCCGUAACACGAGCGAGGGUUGCAUAAACGUAACAUGGAAAGGACCGUUGAAUGCAGGUGAUUCCGUGACCGGAUAUCGAUUGAUGGCGCAUCGCGUAGGCACGGGUACGAUGAAUGAAUGGCACGUUAAGGUUCGUUCCUGA